AUGUCGCUCGACAAGCACUUGUUCGAGCUGAAAUUCGCCGCCAAGCAACUCGAGAAGAGCGCUCAACGAUGCGAUAAACAGGAGAAAAAAGGAAACAAAGAGGUGGCUCAAGUGCACGCUGAGAAUGCGAUCCGGAAGAAGAACGAGGCGCUCAACUACAUCAGAAUGGCUGCUAGGAUUGAUGCUGUGGCGGCUCGAGUGCAGACGGCGGCCACGCAGAAACGCGUUACAUCGAGCAUGCAAGGAGUAGUGAAAGCAAUGGAGAGUGCGAUGAAGAGCAUGAAUCUCGAGAAAGUCCAACAAUUGAUGGAUCGUUUCGAGCGGGACUUCGAGAAUCUCGAUGUGCACACGGCUACGAUGGAACGUACGAUGGAUGGAACGACCGUGCUCACCGCGCCGAAGAGUCAAGUCGACUCUCUCAUUCAGGAGGCUGCUGAUAAGGCUGGAAUCGAGUUGAACGCCGAAUUGCCUCAAUCGGUCCCCACCGCUGCUCCAUCUCUCCCAUCAUCAGCGAGCGUGGCCGAGAAUGACGAGCUCACCCAACGAUUGGCCGCUCUUCGGAAUCUGAUGCGUGUUUUGGUGGGAGUCAAGCGAGUCAUUGACUUUGCUGUGAAGGUUCGUGUCAAGCCCGACAAGAGCGGGGUCGUCACCGCAAAUGUGCCCGAAUCGAUGAAUCCAUUUGAUGAGAUCGCUCUUGAAGAGGCCGUCAAAAUGAAGGAAAACAAACUAGCGAAAGAGGUUGUCGUCUUCUCACUAGGCACAGCAAAGGCUCAAGAAACUCUACGCACAGCUCUCGCCAAAGGAGCCGACAAAGCGAUUCAUGUGGAAAUCACGGAGAAAGAUCAGGUUGAACCGAUUCACGUUGCGCAAGUGAUUAAGAAGCUCGUCGAGAAGGAGAAAUUUGAUGUGGUCUUCUGUGGAAAACAAGCAAUCGACGAUGAUGCAGCUCAAACGGCGCCGUUGGUUGCCGGACUUUUGGAUUGGUCACAGGCUCUUUACGCUAGCAAGGUCGAGUCAAGCGAUCCAGGUUAUCUGAAAGUGACUCGGGAGGUUGAUGGAGGUUUGGACACUGUGAAGGUAAAACUACCAACAGUUCUCUCGGCUGAUCUUCGAUUAAACGAGCCUCGAUACGCGACUUUACCCAAUAUCAUGAAGGCCAAGAAGAAACCACUCGAGAAGCUGACGGUGAAAGAUUUGGGCGUCGAUCUCACCCCACAGACGAAAAUUCUUGAGGUAACCGAGCCACCGACACGUCAAGCUGGCGGUUUCGUCGAAGAUGUGCCAGCGUUGAUCAACAAAUUGAAGACGCUCAGGAUUCAUCAAGGCCAAAUAGGCGGGGAUUCGAUUCAUGUGUCUGACGAUCAUCGGGAU